ACUUCUCUAAUUUGCAUGGAAACAAAAUCUUUGAGCAAAUUUUUACAUAGUCGCUUAAGCUAGCAAAAUAUUCACUUAAAAUGUGAAUAUAGAUUAUCUUAAGUGAAUCUAAAAUUUGUUUAAACAAGAUGUUAAUAUAACAUGUGGUUGCAUAAGCAAAUUUUACCUCAUUUAAGCAAAUUUUAUCUUUCUUAAAUGAAUAUCAAUAAACUUAAGUGAAAAUGGGACAUAAAGCACUCGUUAGAGACAAAGGCAAGCAGCCUUAAUUAAGUGAUUAUUAUGUAUAGAGAAUAACUUUGCUAGACUGAACAGUUUGCUUAUGCAACUCCUAAAAUCCCACCUCACUUAAUUAAGAAAAAAAAGCAAGCAGUAAUUAAGUAAAUAAAUUGAAGUCCUCGAAGUGGCUAUAUGGUUCCUCCAUUUAGUUUAUCUACCACAAACUCCUCUUCCAUGUGGUAUGUCCUAGCCUCCAUCAUCAUCAACAUUAUCAUCACAUUGUACGGAUUUUCUAAUCUUUCUUUUUCAUGUACUGAUUCAUCCUCAUUUUGAUCUUUCUCAUUAGAUCUUUCUUCUAUCGUACUUCCUGUCUAGUAAUUUCUAUCACUGGAUACAUCCUCUCUCUCUCUUUCUCCCUACACAGCAAAGCAAAGAGGACUUGCAUUCAAUACUUCCCUUUAAGCGUGCAUCGCGUGGUAACAACACCUACAUAUAAUAAUAUAUCGCAGUGAACAAUAUAUUUAAUGUCUCCAAACCACAAGCUGAAAGGACCAAUACCACGCCAUGGCCAAAACAACACAUAUAGCAGUAGUUUCAGUCCCAGCGUUUAGCCACCAAGCCUCCAUUAUUGAGUUCUGCAAGAAACUCGUUAAUGUUCAUCAGCACUUCCAUGUGACUUGCAUCUUCCCCACCAUUGAUGCUCCAAUCCCUGCCACCACCACAAUGCUUCAGUCUCUUCCAUCCAACAUUGACUACACUUUCCUAACUCCCGUGAACAAUGAAGACCUUCCACAAGGUGUCCCCUCGGUGGUGCAAGCCCAACACGCAGUGUGUCAAUCCAUGCCAUCCUUCCGCAAUGCAUUGAGGUCACUGCUUUCAACUACGCCACUCGCUGCUUUGGUUGCUGAUGCAUUUGCGAAUGAAGCGUUGGAGAUAGCAAAGGACUUCAACCUUUUAUCUUAUGUAUACUUUUCUUCCUCUGCCAUGACAAUGUCACUGAUGCUGCAUUUGCCUACCUUAAACGACACCGUUAUAUUCAAUUUCAAAGAUCCCAUAGUAGAGGCUAUUCAGAUUCCAGGUUGCAUACCUAUUCAAAGCCACAACCUCCCUAACGAUUUUCGAUCUAGUCUUGCUUAUGAGCUAAUUCUUCAACUUUGCAAGAGGUUAUGUCUUGCUGACGGUUUUCUGGUUAAUAGCUUCUUUGAAAUGGAGCAAGAUAAUGUGAAAGCCCUGCAGAAAUAUUGCAGAGGCGACAAUAACAAUGCUUCAGUAUAUCUGGUUGGGCCUAUUAUACAAACCGGGCCGAAUAGUAAGACAAAUGGGCAAGAGUGUGUAAGGUGGUUGGAAAAGCAAAGGCCCAAGUCAAUUUUGUAUGUGUCCUUUGGAAGUGGAGGCACUCUCUCCCAACAACAGCUCAAUGAGUUAGCCUUGGGAUUGGAGUUGAGUGGCCAGAGAUUCUUGUGGGUUUUGAGAGCACCUAAUGAUUCAGCAGAUGGAGCAUACCUUAUUGCUGCAAACGAUGACCCAUUACAAUUCUUACCGGAUGGGUUUAUAGAGAGAACAAAAGGGCAAGGUUUGGUUGUUCCUUCUUGGGCACCACAGACCCAAAUCCUUAGCCACACUUCAACUGGUGGGUUUCUAACCCAUUGUGGUUGGAAUUCAACGCUUGAGAGCAUUGUGUUGGGAGUGCCAAUGGUGACUUGGCCAUUGUUUGCUGAACAGCAAAUGAAUGCUGUUUUGCUAACCGACGGCCUCAAAGUGGCAUUAAGGCCCAAAUUUAAUGAAAAUGGUAUAGCAGAAAAAGAGGAAAUUGCUAAGGUGAUUAAUGGUCUAAUGCUGGGUGAAGAAGGAAAUGAGAUUCGCCAAAGAAUUGAAAAGCUCAAAGAUGCAGCUGCUGAUGCGUUAAAAAAAGAUGGGUCAUCUACAAGGGCGCUUUUCAAAUUUGGCACUUGUAUGGAGAACAAUCUGAGCAUCCAUUAAAGUAAAGUAGCCUCAUAAAUCUGGGUGCAUGAAUCGAGCUGUAUGCGCAUAUUAGCAUUGUUGGAGAUACAGUAAUUAUUGAGUGAUGUCUUAUUUUCUGGUGUAUUAUUCCUAGGCUUGCCAAGACAACCUCUUUCUGUAUUAAGUUUCUGUCCCAUGACUAUCCACGCUAUUUGCAAUUUAUUUUGAAAAGAUUCGUAUAGGUUAGUGAAUGCUUUAUUGGUGAGGCCACGCUGUCCCAUAUUUAAAUGUUUACAGUAGUAAAACUAGAAGCUACAAGCUUCAAAACAUGUAACAGUAAAAAGAAAAAUGAGGCUACCGAAGAAUGUCUCAUUUUAUUAGCGGUUUUUUUUCACUUCAAAACAUGUAACAGUAAUAACCCGCGCAACGCUUGGGUGCUAUAAAAUUGUAUAAUCUACAUAUAAUACGAUCAACUCAGAGAGGACGUCAAAUUUAUUUAAUAACAAAUUUUAGUUCAAACUACAAUUAUAGAUUGAUUUAUUACGUAAGUCUUUUUCCUUACCUUUCACCACUAUGUAUUAAAAUUAAAACUUGUCAUUGCAAAUAUAAAUCAAAUGAAAGCAUUAUAACACAAUUAUCAUUAUAAAUAAUGUCAAUAAAACAAUUUUAUUUCACAUUCAUAAUGUAACAAAUCAAUCACUUUAAUCUAAUGAAUUACAUUAGUAAUAUAAAAAAAUUAUAUUAUAAUUACUGUAAAUGAUAUAUAUCACUCUUGUCAUAAAAUAUUAUAAUAUUUUUUUUUUAAUUUUUCACUCUAUAAAUUACAUGUGAUGAAUAUGAUUCUCUAAAAUGAUAAAGUUUCACCUUAACUUUUGCUAAUAGACAAGUAUAAUACAAAUGAAUAUUGACAAAAAUAUUAACAAAAAUAUCGACACUAAAAAAUAUUAAGUUCAUUCUAGAAAUAUAAAUAUUUUGUUUAACAUAAGGAUAAGUCACAAUUUUAACUUCCGAAAUAUUCAUUUCUAAAUACAAGACAAUUAAUUUAGUGUAGUUACAUGAAUUAGACGUCACAUCAAUAUUUUUUAAUAAUAUCACUUAGACUCCCUUUUUAACACUAA